AUGAGGAGUUGCCUUUUUCCUACUCUCGCGGUCGAACUUGUUGAGUUGAUUGCCAGUCACCUUGAAGGCGAUGCCUUACUAGACCUCCGUUUGGUCUGUCGCGAAAUACAAAAAAAGACCUUUCAUCACUUUGCGCGGCGCUUCUUCUCGUCUAUCAAGACCGACCUGUCUGAUGACAGUCUACGUCGUAUAAAUGCCCUUUCUCUGCAUCCUGAGCUACGCCCUUAUGUGCACGGCUUAGCUUUCAUGCUUCACAAUGGUGUCGGUCACGGCCUAGUUUGGGAACGACAUCCAUGGGGUCCAUUAUCAGCACCCUUGGAGGUUGAGGCCAUUCGCUCCCUGCGCGACAACCUGAUUCAUAAUUUGGCUAAUUGCCGAUCUUUCUUUAUCUUUUGUCGAUAUCCAGAGGGCCAUCCGGACAUGAGCCAUGUCACCAUCACUGAUGCUGUCGCGGUUUUCUUUGCCCUGGUUGUCGAUGCUCGUCUACCUGUUUCAUCCUUCCAUCUUAUAUACGCGAACAAAUACUCGCGCACUUUAAUUAUGGAUAUGCGCCGCUUACCGAAGCUUCUCUACCGUCAGCCAGAGUUUAAACUUGUCUGGGGCAAUUUGCAGAAGCUGUCUUUGGAGCAGUACCUCACCUUGGACAACUUUGGAUUUUUGCUCGAGCUGGUUCUUAGUGCUCCAAAUCUUCAAACUCUUCUUUUAAAUCUUGGCUCGCAUGAUUUGGCCUCUGAAUUCAUGCAUGAACUUGCAGAGACUGCCAAUUUCUCCCAGCUGCGCGAGCUCGCAUUAUUUCGAACAUGUCUGCGGGCUCCAGAUCUUGAUAAGUUACUCGGCACUGCUCGUGAGAAUCUUAGUGCACUGACACUAUAUCAUGUCUCAUUGGCUCCGGGUAGCAAUUGGACAACCUUUUUGAAGAAGCUUAGUACGGGCUUUUUGGCUUUGCAAAGUAUCUCACUUUACUAUCUGUGGGCCAGCACACCAGCUAAAGGGCUUUUGACAUUUCCAGAUCUUCGAAAAACACCUUCACUCUGUUCUACGAGCGGUCAGAGUCUUCAUAUGUUUUAUUCUGAGGAUUUGAAAAGUCCUACUGUUCUUGGAAUUGAGUAUUCUGGAUCAAAGGUGCCACAUGUGUUGAGUUUGUUACAAACAAUCACUGAGACCUCUUGA